AUGAGUUCUGACUCAUCGUUAGUAAUUUCUUCGUCACCAGUUCAUCUUCAAUCUUCAAUAAGAUCACCAAAAUUACAACAUAAACAACAAAUGUUAGCACAACAACAACAACAACAGCAGCAAAGAGAACAACAGCAAUCCAGAUUAUUUAAUCAGAAUAAUCGUAAUAAUCCUAUAAUUAGCAUGCAGCAAGCAGAUAUAAUAUCAUCAUCACCGUCAUCAUCCUUAUUAACAACAGCAACAGCAGCCGGAGGACCAGGAGGAGGAGUAACAACUGCUAUGUCACGACAAGUAAUCGGAGAAAGAAAUAAUGAUUUGUAUAAUAGUAAUAUUGAUAAUUCUCUAAAAACAUAUUCAUCAUCAAAUCAAGAUAACUUAUUAGAUCAUAAUCAUCAACAGCAGCAGCAACAACAGCAACAACAAUUGCAACGCUAUCAACAUUUACAUCAAUCAAAUUUAUCAAUAAAUACAACAUCUACAACAUUUGAUCGUAGUGGUAGUGGUUUAUUGACAACAGUUUGUGAUAAUAUUAAUAUAAAUGAUAAUAAUAGUAUUAGUGGUAUUGGUAAUGAUAUUAAUAGUUGUACUGGUGGUGAUAUAACAUCAAUGACAUCAGAGCAACAAUUAUGCCAAUUAUAUAAUGCUCAACAACAUUCUGAUUAUAUUAUAUCAGAUUAUAUGGAUAAAAUUUCAACACGUAUUAGUUUAUUAGAAACUGAAUUAAAAUUUGCAUGGCGUGCAUUAGAUUUAUUAAGUGGUGAAUAUGGAAAAAUGUGGACAAGAUUAGAAAAAUUAGAAAAUAUAACAAUUGAACAACAAUCAGUUGUUGCUAAUUUAAUGGGUUUAUAUGGUCAUCCAAGAUUAUUACAUACAUUAAAUGAUAAUACAAUGACUGAAUCGUCAUCAUCAUCAGCUGUUGCUGCAGCAACAACAGUUGAUUUAUUAGAUCAAGUUAGUCAAGCACCAAUUGCAGCACAUGAAUUUAAUCAUAUGCUUGAAGAACUUAAAAAUGAAGCACUAAGAUCAAAUAUAUGUGGUAUUGGUGGUGUCAAUACUAGUAAUAGUAAUGAAAUAUCAUUUUUUGAUAAUAAUCCUUAUCAUAUUAUUGAAUCAGAUUUAGAAAAUAUACGUAGUAAUACAAAAUCACCAAGAUUAUUAACACACAAUCAACAACAGCAAUUAUUACAACAACAUAUUCAAUUGCAACAACAACAACAAAUGCGUCAUAGUACAAUUGGUAAUUCGGCUAGCAAUUUAUUAAAUGAUGUUGUUAGUAAUUUAAAUGCUCAAGCUACUAAUAAUCAAUCAAUUAGUCAUGGUCAUUAUGAUAUUGAUAAUGAUAUUACUGGCGCAAGUAAUUUAGGUAGUGGAACAGAUACCGGUAAUAAUAUUGGUAAUGAUGGUAAUAAUAUUGGUGGUAGUAGUAGUGGUGGUGGUAAUAAUUCUACUGGUACAUCAUCAAAUAUUAAUAAUUAUGCAAGUGAUAAUAAUGAACCAACUGAAGAAUUUUAUAAAACCUUAAAUCAAGCAUAUCCAACAACAACAACAGUAUUUAAUGGAAUUAGUACAAUCAAAUAA